UUGGCUGAUGGAUGGACGCUCUCCCCAGACUCUUAACAUGGUCGCCAUUUACGUAUGCUGAAUGUAAGUCGAAGAUUGAGUAGGCCGAAAGAUUUCUGGGACAAAGAAGCUACAAAUAACAUUUAUGUUUAGGAAAAUGAAGAUGAAAAUGCAAGAGGCUGUUGGCCUACCAAUUUUUUUGUGGCUGAUUGUAUCAGUUAGCUGUACAGAGUUAACUUUCGAGUUAGAGGAUAACGCUAAACAAUGUUUUCAUGAGGUGAUAAAGAAGGACACCAAAUGCACGCUAGAAUUCCAGGUUGUCACAGGUGGACAUUAUGAUGUGGAUGUGACACUGAAGGACCCUCAAGGAAAAAUUCUGUAUGACCAAAAGAAAAAGCAGUAUGAUAGUCAUCAAUUCAAGGCUGAAGUUGAAGGUGAAUACACGUUCUGUUUCGGCAACGAAUUCUCUUCGUUCUCCCACAAAACCGUCUACUUUGACAUGCAGAAUGGUGAAGCUCCUCCGCUGCCAGCGAUGCCACAUGAGGAUCCAAAGUUUGGUGCCAUGACCCAGUUGGAAACAUCCGCCGUCAACAUACAUGAAGCACUUAAGGUCAUAAUUGAUUACCAAACACACUACAAACUGCGGAUGGCGACCGGUCGCAACGUUGCUGAAUACCUUUUUGACCGGGUCAAGUACUGGUCGCUUGGUCAGACUGUUUUGAUGGUACUGGUCGCUGCAGGACAGGUUUAUACGCUAAGAAACUUCUUUGCUGAAAAGAAAGAGACUAUUUGAAUUGUUCGACCACAUACCCCCUUCGACCGGGGAGUGAGAAAGCGAAAGUAUUUUAAUGAAUGAACCAACCCCCUGUUUUUUAAUUAAAAGCGCAUGCGCAUUGUUGAUAUAUUGUGAUGCGCAAGCGCAGUGUAUAUUGAAUUUAAUGCGCAUGCGCACUAUCGAUUGAGUACAUUGCAUGUACUCUUUGACUUCGAGGACGAGGGUUGGUUCAUUGAUAAGAAGAUUUUCACUUUUUCGCUUCUACAACUUAUCUUUUAGCAAAUAACUAAUUUAGGCCUGUUUUCAACCUAAACAUGUUUCUAUUCAAUUCCCUUUUUCCUUACUUGUUUUUUUAACCUCGAACUGUUUUAAACAGGGUUGUCGAGAAAAGAUGCUAUGCUACAUGCUUUGACUUCAAGAAAAAUAAUAAAAAAAGAAACAAAUCCUCUUUUGUUCCUGUCACACACUCUUCUUCGCUCUCCUGCCCCCUUUCCCCCUUCUUAACCCUCUCUGCACCCAGGGCAUUUUCUACCCACAAUUCACCUACACUCCGCCCUCAUUAUUUUGCCAAAUUCUCAAUUUACAAAAUACAAUUUUCAAAAUACUAAUUCUUUCGCUAACCAACCGCCUGAAAUCCACCCCUCUUUUGUUCCAAUUUCUGAAUCCUUAAAUAGUUUUAUCAUAGAAUAGCUUUCGCAUAAACUGAUUUUUUAUGACUAGAAUUCUUUCAAUUGCACUGUCAUUUUCAGGUUUUAAUUUUAUUAUUUCAAUGAAUUUGAAAUAUUCUUUUGCAUAGCUUAAAACUACUUUCAACUAAUGUCAAAUACAAUUUCUUUGAUAUAUUAUUCUUGUUAAAUCCACCCUUUUUUCCUUGAAAUUCUAAAAUCAGUCUCAAAACUUCUAUAAUUAUCAAUUAGAACUCCAUAACUUUCAAUAAAAACAAACAUAUUCCGAAUCAAUAAAAAUUUCAUGAAUCACAAUUCUGCCAAAACAGAUUAUUUUCGAUUUUGAAUUCCAAUGACGUCACUUGGUCCCAGUCCUCCUUGUCCUAUAGUUGCUAAAAUCUUGCUUACGUCGCCUUUUGCAAAAUUACUCUUGGCAGCUUUGAGUCAACCUGUUCCUAGCGCUUUAGGAAAAAUCACCCAAGCUAGGAGAACGCUUUGUUUUUCUUUUUCUGAAUACGACAACGGUCAUUGUCAAAGUUUUAUUAAAAUCGAGCUACUCACAGAUUGUUAGUUUUAGUAUUAUUCAUGAAUUUCUGAAUACUAAUUUUUGCUGUAAUAUUUGAAGUUUCGACACAUAACAUUUGGCUUAAUUUGUUGUUGAAAAUAAUGUUGAUGUCGAUUUGUAACCUCA